UGCGGGCGGGACGCAGGCCGGGCUGCUGUUGGGGUCGUAUUGUCCCGCCUGCCCUUGUACCGGGACGGCCCCGCUGGGACAGUGCUGGCAGCUUCCUUCAGCCGUGCUGCCGGCGGCUGGGAGCUCUGCCGAGCGCCUGGGCCGCCGGCUGUGCGCUGACUCCUGGUGAAGAGCUACGGCGUUUUACAGUUUAACGUGUAUGUCACAGCUGCAGCGGGCUAGCGGGGCGUCCUGAGCACGCUGCCACUUAGAUUCAAGAGCUCUUUAGCAUCUCCUUGGGGUGCUUCCUUCUUUCUUCAACUGGCUCCAACAAGCAUCAUGAGGUUUCUAAGUGGUGUUACCACACCUUUUGAUGCCUCCGAAGAAAAAGUGUACCCACAAGGCUAGGAAGGCAGAGCUGAUUUUCCUUGAGAAGCCACGGGCAGGACCCAUCCACUGUUAUGAAGCUCCACUGCAUCUGGCUGAGAAUCCCAGACGUGUGCCUACAAAACCUGUGGACCUGAACACGUCUGCUGCCUGGGUGUGCCCACAAUUUGACACAACUAAGCCAGUGGUGUUGAAAGCCUGCCAGAAGAAGCGUCGUGAUCCUCACAAGCCCUAUAAUCAGGAUGCCAACCACAGUUCAUUUCAUGCAGGAGGAGCUUGUCGAGGAGCUGUAGCCUGCAGAUUUCCUCCUUUAACUUUUGAGAAUCCAGAAGGACAUGCAGUCCCUCCGCUGGAUGAUCCAAAUUGCUUGAGAAAGAACGCACAAUGCUCUCCCAACCAGCCUAAGAAAGGGACAGCAGCAAACUCCAACAUCCAGGUGCAGAGUCCAGAGGACUGUGGAGAGCUUGCUCCCCAGCCUGUGGAGCAAGAAGUCCCUAAUCCAUCGGAUGCAGAGGCUGCACAUGUUCCUUCCCCAAGGAAUGGGGAAUGCUGCAACACUCUGUCACAAAGCACUCAUGCCUGGCAUCCAGAAGCAGAGCUGCCAUUGGGUAUUGAUCCCUGUGGGAGAGGGGAGGCGGCAGCAGUACUGGUUACAGACACUCCGGAGCACGCGUACGGCCUCAAGGUCACCUGGAGACGGCGGCCGCACAUAAUGAAGCACCUGCGGCAGCAGGGCAAGCUGAGCGCCGCGGACAUCCUGGUGAAGGCAGACAUGGAGCUCCCGAGAAGGCAGGCCCACACCUGACCCGGCGGGAGCCGCCACUCGCUGCGUGCAGGGACACGCCCGAACAGAGGCUGGCGCUUCGGAGCUCAGCAGGGGACGUCAUUCAGCCAGGCCCUCUACAGCGCCGGGCAGAGCCGCCGAGAAGCGCCGGGGCGGGCGCGGGGG